AUGAACCAGCGAAAAAGCCAGAGCUGGCUUUCCUUAGAUAGUAAAGCUAUAGUUGAUGGGAACUUGAAGUUGAUCCUUGGCCUGAUAUGGACCCUUAUCCUCCACUACUCCAUUUCCAUGCCAGUGUGGGAAGAUGAAGGUGAUGAUGAUGCAAAGAAGCAGACACCUAAGCAGAGACUGCUGGGCUGGAUCCAGAACAAAAUUCCUUACUUGCCAAUCACAAACUUCAACCAAAACUGGCAAGAUGGCAAAGCACUGGGGGCUCUUGUUGACAGCUGUGCUCCAGGCCUGUGCCCUGACUGGGAGACCUGGGACCCGAAGAAACCUGUUGACAAUGCUCGGGAAGCCAUGCAGCAGGCGGAUGACUGGCUGGGUGUGCCACAGGUUAUUACCCCUGAAGAAAUUAUCCACCCUGAUGUGGAUGAGCACUCUGUAAUGACUUACUUGUCCCAGUUCCCCAAAGCCAAACUGAAACCAGGAGCUCCUUUAAAACCCAAACUGAAUCCAAAAAAAGCAAGAGCUUAUGGCAGAGGGAUUGAGCCUCAUGGGAACAUGGUGAAGCAGCCUGCUAUCUUCACAGUAGACACAAUCAGUGCUGGGCAGGGAGACCUGAUGGUCUUCAUAGAGGAUCCAGAAGGAAACAGAGAGGAGGCAAAGAUAACACCAUCCAGUGACAAAAACAAGACCUAUUCUGUUCAGUAUGUGCCAAGGGUUACUGGACCUCACAAGGUUUCAGUCCUAUUUGCUGGGCAGCACAUCUCAAAGAGUCCAUUUGAAGUGAACGUGGACAAAGCCCAGGGAGAUGCAAGCAAAGUAACAGCAAAGGGACCAGGACUGGAGGCAACAGGGAAUAUUGCCAACAAGCCUACCUACUUUGACCUCUACACAGCAGGUGCUGGAGUGGGUGACGUGAUUGUGGAAGUGGAGGAUCCUCAGGGGAGGAGCCUUGCUGAAGUUGUGGUAGAAGACAAAGGCAACCAAGUCUAUCGUUGCACCUACAAACCUGUUCAAGCUGGUCCUCACAUUGUCAAAGUGACUUUUGCUGGGGAGGCAAUUCCCAAAACUCCUUGCACUGUUCUUGUUGGAGAAGCCUGCAACCCCAACGCGUGUCGCGCCACGGGCCGCGGGCUGCAGCCCAAGGGCGUCCGCAUGAGGGAGACGGCCGAGUUCAAGGUGGACACCAGAGCCGCGGGGAGCGGAGACCUCGGGGUGACUGUGAAGGGGCCCAAGGGCUUGGAGGAGCUGGUGAAACAAAAAGGCUUUAUGGAUGGUAUAUAUGCAUUUGAAUAUUAUCCAGCUACCCCAGGGAAAUACGUUGUCACAAUUACAUGGGGUGGGCACAACAUCCCAAAAAGUCCCUUUGAAGUUCAAGUGGGUCAUGAAGCAGGUCCUCAGAAAGUGCGAGCCUGGGGGCCAGGACUGCAUGAGGGGAUUGUGGGCAAAUCGGCUGACUUUGUGGUAGAGUCCAUUGGCACAGAAGUUGGCUCUCUUGGCUUUGCCAUAGAAGGCCCUUCUCAGGCUAAAAUUGAGUGUGAUGACAAGAACGAUGGCUCAUGUGACGUGAAGUAUUGGCCCAAGGAGCCCGGUGAAUAUGCUGUGCACAUCAUGUGUGAUGAUGAGGACAUAAAAGACAGCCCUUACAUGGCCUUCAUCCGACCAGCUUCUGGAGACUUCAACCCGGAUAAGGUGAAGGCUUAUGGCCCGGGCUUAGAGAGGACUGGCUGUAUAGUGAACAAUCCUGCCGAGUUCACAGUUGAAACCAAGGACGCUGGGAAAGCACCUCUGAAGAUGUAUGCACAGGAUGGGGAAGGAAAUCCUAUCGACAUCCAGAUAAAGAGCAAGCCUGAUGGUGUGUUUGCCUGUUCCUACCUGCCAGUUAAACCAAUUAAACAUACAAUUUCUGUUGUCUGGGGAGGAGCCAAUGUGCCCAAUAGCCCAUUUAGGGUCCUUAUAGGUCAGGGAAGCCAUCCUCAGAAAGUGAAAGUGUUUGGACCUGGCGUGGAGAGAACUGGCCUGAAAGCAAACGAACCGACCCACUUCACUGUUGACUGCACGGACGCAGGAGAAGGUGAUGUCAGUGUUGGAAUUAAGUGUGAUGCUCGUGUGGUCAGCGAUGAGGAAGAAGACAUAGAUUUCGACAUCAUCCACAAUGCUAAUGAUACCUUCACAGUGAAAUAUGCCCCACCAGCUGCUGGGCGCUACACUAUUAAAGUGCUUUUUGCAGGAGAGGAAAUUCCUGCCAGCCCGUUCAGAGUUAAAGUGGACCCCUCACACGAUGCCAGCAAAGUGAAAGCUGAAGGACCUGGGCUGAACAAAACUGGCGUGGAAAAUGGCAAGCCAACACAUUUCACUGUGUUCACCAAGGGAGCUGGAAAAGCGCCGCUGGAUGUGCAGUUCAGCAGCCCGGUGCCAGGAGAGGCAGUGGUAGAUUUGGAUAUCAUUGACAACUACGACUAUUCCCACACUGUUAGGUACACUCCAAUACAGCAGGGUCCAAUGAAGGUUUUGGUAACUUACGGUGGUGAUCCUAUCCCUAAAAGCCCUUUCACUGUGGGCGUUGCUGCUCCGCUAGACCUCAGCAAAGUUAAACUCAAUGGACUCGAAAACAGAGUGGAAGUAGGAAAGGAUCAGGAAUUUGUAAUUGACACCAAAGGAGCUGGUGGGCAGGGUAAACUGGAUGUUCGUAUUUCCAGCCCUAUGAGGAAAACUGUGCCAUGUCUGGUGGAACCUGUUCUGGGUAAGGAGUGCAGCACUGCAAAAUACAUCCCAAGGGAAGAAGGCCUGUAUGUGGUGGAUGUGAGUUAUGAUGGCAAUCCAAUCCCAGGCAGCCCCUACACUGUGGAGGCCACACUACCUCCAGACCCCUCCAAGGUAAAAGCUCACGGUCCAGGUCUUCGAGGGGGCCUUGUCGGAAAACCAGCCCAAUUCACAAUAGAUACCAAAGGGGCAGGAACUGGAGGUUUGGGUUUGACAGUAGAAGGUCCAUGUGAGGCUAAAAUUGAAUGCUCCGACAACGGUGACGGAACCUGCUCUGUCUCCUACCUGCCUACAAAGCCUGGAGAGUAUUUUGUAAACAUCCUCUUCGAAGAGGUUCACAUUCCUGGUUCACCGUUUAAGGCAGACAUAGAAAUGCCAUUUGAUGUUUCUAAAGUUGUUGCCACGGGCCCAGGUCUGGAACGUGGUAAAGUGGGUGAGGCUGGGCUGCUGAACGUCGACUGCACGGAAGCAGGUCCUGGGGACCUGCGGGUGGACAUGGUGUCAGAUUCUGGUUCUAAAGCUGAAAUCCAGAUUGAUGAUAACAAAGAUGGGACCUAUGUUGUAACUUAUGUGCCACUCACAGCUGGCAUGUACACAAUCAAGAUGAGAUACGGAGGAGAGCAAGUGCCUAAAUUCCCAGCUCGGGUCAAAGUGGAGCCAGCUGUGGACACAAGCAGAGUUAAAGUGUUUGGACCAGGAGUGGAAGGGAAAGAUGUCUUCCGAGAAGCUAUGACUGAGUUUACUGUGGAUGCUCGACCUCUAACAAAGGCUGGUGGUGACCACAUCAGCACACAGAUCACAAGCCCAUCUGGCUCCCCUACUGACUGUCUCAUCCAAGACAAUGCUGAUGGAACCUAUUCAGUGGAAUACACACCGUUUGAAAAGGGCCCACACACAGUCAGUGUAACAUAUGACGGGGUUCCUGUGCCAAACAGUCCCUUCAGAGUGAACGUGACCGAGGGCUGCCAUCCAUCGCGUGUGAAGGCACAAGGACCUGGUCUCCAAGAAGCUUUCACAAAUCAGCCAAAUGCCUUUUCAGUUGUCACCAGAGGGGCAGGAAUUGGUGGUCUUGGAAUAACUGUUGAAGGACCUUCAGAGUCUAAAAUUAGUUGUAAAGAUAACAAGGAUGGGAGCUGCAGCGCUGAGUAUGUUCCUUAUGUUCCAGGAGACUACGAUGUUAACAUCACAUAUGGGGGAGAGCAUAUUCCUGGCAGUCCUUUCAAGGUUCCUGUGAAGGAUGUUGUGGAUCCCAGCAAAGUGAAGACAGCAGGACCAGGUCUGGGAACAGCCGUGCGAGCCAAAAUCCCACAGUCCUUCACUGUAGAUGCCAGCAAGGCAGGAUUAGCACCCCUGGAGGUGGUGGUGGCAGGACCCAGAGUGGAUGAGACGGAUUCCCAGGGAUGGCGCUCCCCAUUGAAAGCGAUCUCGGAUUUCUUUAAAGGUGAUCCAAAGGGUGGCCCUGAGACAGGAAUUGUGGAGCCUGUUAAUAUAGUAGACAAUGGAGAUGGCACCCACACAGUGGUGUACACCCCGACACAGGAGGGACCCUAUAUGAUCUCUGUCAAAUAUGCUGAUGAAGAGAUCCCUCGCAGCCCCUUCAAGGUGAAGGUGCUUCCUACAUAUGAUGCCAGUAAGGUGACAGCGAGUGGACCAGGGCUCAGUUCCUAUGGCAUACCUGCCAGCCUGCCUGUGGAGUUUGCUGUGGAUGCUAAGGAUGCUGGUCAGGGACUUCUGGCUGUACAGAUCACUGACCAAGAGGGCAAACCCAAGAGGGUAGACAUUCACGACAACAAGGAUGGCACUUACACAGUCACCUAUGUCCCCGACAAAACGGGCCGCUAUACGAUUGGUGUGAAGUACGGUGGAGAUGAUAUCCCAUCCUCUCCCUACCGGAUCCGAGCAUCUCCAGCUGGGGAUGCCAGCAAGUGUUUGGCCACAGGUCCUGGAAUUGCACCCACUGUGAAGACUGGUGAGGAGGUUGGUUUUGUGGUAGACGCCAAAUCAGCAGGGAAGGGAAAAGUGACGUGCACCGUCCUGACGCCAGAUGGGACAGAAGCUGAAGCAGAUGUUGUUGAAAACGAGGAUGGGACUUACGAUAUCUUCUACACUGCUGCCAAACCAGGAACCUAUGUGAUUUAUGUCCGCUUUGGUGGGGUGGACAUUCCCAACAGUCCUUUCACUGUCAUGGCUGUAGAUGCAGAUGAUGCUGCCGUGCGGUCGCAGGAGCCACUGGGCGCCUCCCCCCCUGGAUUCCGCCCUUGGGUCACAGAAGAAGCUUAUGUCCCGGUUGGAGACAUGAACGGCAUGGGGUUCAGGCCCUUUGAUAUGGUUAUCCCUUUUGCUGUAAGGAAAGGAGAAAUAACAGGUGAAGUACACAUGCCCUCUGGGAAGACGGAUACACCAGAUAUUAUGGAUAACAAAGAUGGCACAGUAACAGUGAGAUAUGCUCCUACUGAGGUUGGGCUGCAUGAAAUGCACAUAAAAUAUAUGGGAAAGCACAUCCCAGAGAGCCCUCUGCAGUUCUAUGUGAAUUAUCCGAACAGUGGCAGUGUGUCUGCUUAUGGGCCUGGCCUCAUUUAUGGGGUUGCCAAUAAACCAGCAACUUUCACCAUUGUCACAGAAGAUGCAGGCGAGGGUGGGCUGGACUUGGCUAUUGAAGGGCCUUCAAAAGCAGAGAUCAGCUGCAUUGAUAACAAAGAUGGGACAUGCACAGUCACGUACCUGCCUACUCUACCUGGGAACUACAGCAUCCUGGUCAAGUACAAUGACAAGCACAUCCCAGGCAGUCCAUUCACAGCCAGGAUCACAGAUGAUAACAGAAGAAGGUCCCAAGUUAAGCUUGGUUCUGCUGCUGACUUUUUGUUGGACAUCAAUGAGACUGAUCUCAGCCUCCUAACAGCCAGCAUUAAGGCCCCAUCAGGUCGUGAUGAGCCUUGUCUUUUGAAGAGGCUGCCCAAUAACCACAUUGGCAUCUCAUUCAUUCCACGGGAAGUAGGAGAACAUCUGGUUAGCAUCAAGAAAAAUGGGAGCCAUGUACCAAACAGCCCUGUAACAAUCAUGGUGGUCCAGUCUGAGAUAGGAGAUGCCAGACGAGCGAGAGUGUUUGGGCGUGGCUUGGUAGAGGGACGAACCUUUGAAAUGUGUGACUUCAUUGUAGACACAAGAGAUGCAGGUUAUGGUGGGAUCUCACUGGCAGUUGAAGGACCCAGCAAGGUAGACAUCCAAACUGAAGACCUAGAAGAUGGAACUUGCAAAGUAUCCUAUUUUCCAACUGUACCUGGCGUGUACAUUGUGUCCACUAAAUUUGCAGAUGAACAUAUUCCAGGCAGCCCAUUUACUGUGAAGAUAAGUGGUGAAGGAAGAGUUAAAGAGAGCAUCACACGAACAAGACGAGCUCCCUCUGUUGCAACAGUAGGAAGCAUAUGUGAUCUGAACCUAAAAAUUCCAGAAAUUGAUUGUGCAGAUAUGACAGCCCAGGUAACUAGUCCUUCUGGAAGAAACUUCGAUGCCGAAAUCAUGGAAGCUGACAAAAAUACCUAUUGCAUCCGCUUUGUGCCACAAGAAAUGGGGGUCCACACUGUGGAUGUCAAAUACAGAGGGCAGCCAGUGCCAGGCAGCCCCUUCCAGUUCACUGUGGGGCCACUGGGCGAGGGAGGAGCCCAUAAAGUGAGAGCUGGAGGUCCAGGGCUGGAGCGUGGAGAGACAGGUGUCCCAGCUGAGUUCAGCAUAUGGACAAGGGAAGCUGGAGCUGGAGGACUGUCUAUUGCUGUAGAAGGUCCAAGUAAAGCAGAAAUUGCCUUUGAGGACCAUAAAGAUGGAUCUUGUGGUGUAUCAUACAUAGUUCAAGAGCCAGGCAACUAUGAGGUGUCCAUAAAGUUCAAUGAUGAGCACAUUCCUGAAAGCCCCUACCUGGUCCCCAUCAUCGCCCCCUCUGAUGAUGCUCGCAGGCUCACUGUCACUAGCCUUCAGGAAUCUGGAUUAAAAGCUAAUCAGCCAGCAUCCUUUGCUAUAAGGCUGAACGGGGCAAAGGGCAAGAUUGAUGCUAAAGUUCACAGCCCCUCCGGAGCUGUAGAAGAGUGCCACGUGUCGGAGCUGGAGCCAGAUAAGUACGCCGUGCGGUUCAUCCCCCACGAGAACGGCAUCCACUCCAUCGACGUGAAGUUCAACGGCAGCCACGUGGUGGGCAGCCCCUUCAAAGUGCGCGUGGGCGAGCCGGGCCAGGCGGGCAAUCCCGCCCUCGUCACCGCCUACGGCUCCGGCCUGGAGAGUGGCACCACUGGAUUGCAGUCGGAGUUUUUCAUUAACACGACCAAGGCUGGUCCAGGUACCCUCUCUGUUACAAUUGAAGGGCCAUCAAAGGUGAAAAUGGACUGCCAGGAAACUCCAGAAGGUUACAAAGUCAUGUACACACCCAUGGCUCCAGGAAACUAUUUAAUUGGAGUUAAAUAUGGUGGACCUAACCACAUAGUGGGCAGCCCCUUCAAGGCAAAGGUUACAGGACAGCGACUGGUUAGCCCAGGCAGUGUCAACGAAACUUCUUCCAUCCUGGUAGAAUCAGUGACAAGGUCGUCGACUGAAACUUGCUAUAGUGCCAUUCCCAAAUCCACCUCGGAUGCUAGCAAAGUGAUCUCCCGGGGAGCAGGACUCUCAAAGGCUUUUGUGGGUCAAAAAAGCUCCUUCUCCGUGGACUGCAGCAAAGCAGGUUCAAACAUGUUGUUAGUUGGCGUCCACGGACCUACAAUACCAUGCGAAGAGGUAUCCAUCAAGCAUUUGGGCAGCCAUCAGUACAACGUGACAUAUGUUGUCAAGGAGAGGGGUGACUAUAUCCUGGCAGUGAAGUGGGGUGACCAGCACAUCCCCGGGAGUCCCUUCCACGUCACCGUUCCUUAAACUCGCCGAGCGUCAGAGCCCACCUUGGUGUUUGCAGUUCAGAUGUAGUUAUACUGGGUGCAGUCCUGUUGCAAAAUGCAGUAUCUAGAUACACA